AUGGGCAAGUCGGGCUCGGGCAAGACGUCGAUGCGCGCCAUCAUCUUCAAGUCGCAGCUCGCCGCCGACACGCGACGCCUCGGAGCCACCAUCGACGUCGAGAGCUCCCAGAUCAAGUUCCUCGGCGGCCUCAGGCUCGACCUGUGGGACUGUGGUGGCCAGGACUCCUUCAUGGACUCGCACUUGACGGCCCAGUCGUCCACCGUCUUCCGUGCCGUGCACUCGCUCAUCUACAUCUUCGACGCCGAGUCGACCGAGCUCCUCACGUCCGACACGGUCUACUUCCUCAAGUGCCUGCGCGCCCUCCAGGACCAGAACCCGACCUCGUCGGCUCCUCAGCCCCCUCCCUCGCCCGCAUCUGCCUCGGCACCCUCGCCCACCAGUACGUCGGCGGCCGUCACGUCGAGCGCGGGCAACGGCAACGGCGGCGCGGACGACGGCGGGCCGACCGUCUUUGUCUUGCUGCACAAGAUGGACCUCGUGCCCGUCGACGUGCAGCAGAGCAAGCUCGCCGAAUUCGAGGCCGAGGUGACGCGCAAGGCGCGUGAGAGCGGGUACAAGGGCGGCCUGCGCUUCUACGGCACGUCCAUCUGGAACGAGACGCUGUACAAGGCCUGGUCCAUCGUCAUCUCGCACCUCAUGCCGUCCCUGUCGUCGCUCCGGUCGCACCUCACGUCGUUCCUGUCGCUCUCGUCGGCGAGCGAGAUUGUCCUGUUCGAGCGCACUACGUUCCUCGUCAUCUCGAGCGUCACGAACGAGGACGACGCCAAGGACACCGAGUGGGACGAGCGCCGGUUCGAGCGCAUCAGUACCAUGGUCAAGGCCUUCAAGCUCGGGUGCUCCAAGAUCCGCUCGCCCUUUUCGUCGCUCACCAUCACGACGCCGCACUACGCGGCCGUGCUCGACGCCCUCACGCCCGAGACUUACAUCCUCGUCGUCGCUCGAGAGCCUGCCUCAAUCGAGCUCAACAUCCGCCUCGCAAGGCCGCACUUUGCCAAGCUCGAGUCCAUUGCCGUUGGGCGGUGA